AUGGAUCGACCAGAAUACUUACCCAAAACUUCUGAGAUUGGUUCCUUGACUGCGCAUUCGAAUGAAGACAGCCAGUUUGUGGGCAGCUCUAGUGGUGUCUACUUUAUCAAUACCGUCAAGCGUGCUUUCUCGACCGGAUUGGAUGCAUCAGGAUCGCCUGAAACGGAGUUUCCCACCGCCGAAGAUACCCUAGUUGGCGCAGAGGACUCUUCAAAUCAGAAGCGUCGUCGGACCAUCUCUUCCAGAGCAGACUCCACUGCGUCGCCUCUGGCGAGAGAAAUUAUCUCGCAAUGGAGAUACAACCCGGAUAUAGCCGCCUUCUUGGGUAGUGCACCUCCACAAGAGCUUGCAAAAGAACUCAUGAUGGCGUACUUCAAGGUUUGGCAUCCUCUCUUUCCUUUCCUACAUGGCCCCACCUUCUUGCAGGCCAUGGAGAGCUCGUAUUCCGCAGAAGCACCAAAGCCAACAGAAGAACACCGUAGCCUUGAUCACCGGGACACAUGCUGGACAGUCAUUCUACAAUGCGUCUUCAACCUUGGAAGCUUACUCUGCCCGGAAGUGGAUUUCCCAGCACAUUGUCGAAUCCAGUCCCCUGCCAGCAUGACAUCCUUGCUUGACGGGUUUUCAACACGACAUGAUAUUACAUCACUGCAAGCGCUACUGGCUGUGCAGGUCUACUUAGUUGCAACAAUGUCCUUGCGACUAGCAUCUACAUUCGGCGGAUGCAUUUUGCGCUCUAUGCUCCAUGCCGGAUUGCACCGUUGCCCGUUUCGCUAUACCCAGCUGUCAUCCCAUGACCGUCAAUUGCGAAAACGGCUCUUUUGGUGCGCGUAUGCCAUUGACCGGUACUUAAGCCAAGCCCUCGGCUUGCCACUCGGCAUUCAAGAUUCGGAUAUUGACGUGUGUCUUCCUGCUGCGCCUGAAAUGCACUCUGUGCGGCGUGGGAAGAAUAAAAACACAAAUGCGGAAUUUGCUUUGCCCAAAACACCUAUAAUUGGCGACCAUAACAGCAGAGCCCGACCAGAAAAUGAACAGACAGACUCUGACACUUCGCAGAUUCCCCAAUCGAGGAAUAUGUCUGAUCGUGAUGGUUGGGAGGCGGAUUAUCGUAGGAGAGAACGUGUCUUAGCAAGCUAUGUCCAUUCUGGUACACUGACAGGCCGAGCGUUGGAGCUAUUUCACAAAUCGAUUCUCGUCCGGUCUGUGCGUCGGAGCUCAGUGCUAUUCCUGGUUACUGAUGUCCACAAGUGGUGGAAUAGUCUUCCAUUGGAUCUUCAAGGGAAAUCGGUGGCAGCAGGAAAUCUGCCAUCGGCCGCCGAUUUAGAAACCCCUUUUGAUUACGGUCCCUUCUUCACUGUGCUAUAUCAGCACCUAAUUCUUAUCAUCAAUCGACCUUCACUGUCACUGGAUCCCGCAACUGCAGAAUUUUGUUCUGGACUGCAGACCUGCAUUGGUGCUGCCAGGGCCAUCAUAUCCGCGUUGGAGAUGCAGGUGCAAAGUCAACAAGCAUUGUUCUGGCCCGGGUUCUUAUCAGCAGCCUGGAUGUCAGGGCUUGUACUGGCUUUUGCCUGUCAGCUCAAGCAGUACGUUCUUGGCAAGGGGUUACAAGAAAUCAAAGCAUGCUCAGAGUUCCUCGGCCGAAUGUCCACCCAAUGGGAGACUGCAAGGCAAUGCCAUAUGGCACUAUCUUUCCUAUCGAAUAAAAUAAAGCAAAUGGAAAACGAGUCAGAUAGGACAUCGAAGUCGCAUGCUUAUGCCCUGGGGUACGGAGAACUUGAUACAGAGUCCAUUAAUAUCCCGCAACUACGUGGAAAUAAAGAAAGAUGGUUCAGAAUACCCCCGGAUAAUUAUGGGGUAGAUAAAGAGCCGGACAGUGCUAAUCCACCGCUUGCGGAGCCGUCAGAGCUUCCACACGCAUCUGGAUUUGUAACCUUACCAAACUCUGAAGCCUAUGAAUCACGACCUGACUCGAACCAGAUACAUAUGAGAUCUUCCUCGAUGUCAAAUCUCAACGGUGAGGCUGUGCUAGGUGAAACUCCCGUGUCCGCCGAAAUGGAAUUUCAAAGUGCAGACGCCGAUUAUCUAGCUGGUGGCUCAAGCUUCGACCUGAACAUGGUUGAUUUACUACAAGGGGCGAAUUUUGAUUCACUAUUUGACAUGGUUGGGCAGCGAUAUCCUAGCUUUUAG